UGGCCUUAUGAAUGAGUACGACAUGUCAUAGUACGGUAGAGCACCUUAUAAUUUUGUAUUUAGUCCGCGUGUGUGAACGUUGACUGAGCCGGCAACAAAGACUCGCACCCUAACGCUUUCGAGACGGUAGCGUCUCUUCUGCUGGCAGCCUCACUGCCAUUACCGUGACGAAAUCUGCCGCAGCAAUACCACCUUAAUUUGCCUAUAGACCGGAGUGGGGCAAGAGUUCUUCAUAUCAUGGCUCUUCGUUUUGAGGUGUUGGGGAGGUUCAAUCGUGCUCGUGCAGCUCAACUGAUGCUUCCUCACUUUAUGUGUCAGACACCACUGUUCAUGCCUGUGGGGACACAAGGUACAAUAAAAGGUUUAACAACUAGCCAACUUGAGGAUAUUGGUUGCCAAAUAAUACUUGGAAAUACUUACCAUUUGGCACUUCGCCCUACUUCUGAAUUGAUUGAUGAAUUGGGUGGUCUUCACAAAUUUAUGAAUUGGCCAAGAGCACUGCUUACUGACUCUGGUGGCUUUCAGAUGGUGUCCUUGUUGCAUUUAGCUGAUAUCACUGAAAAGGGUGUUACAUUUCAGUCACCAGUUGAUGGGAAGCAAAUGCUUCUAACGCCUGAAGAGUCAAUCCAAAUACAAAAUAAAAUUGGAGCAGAUAUCAUCAUGGCCCUUGAUGAUGUUGUGAAAACAACUAUUACUGGUCCUCGAAUUGAGGAGGCUAUGUAUCGCACUCUUCGUUGGAUAGACAGGUGUAUAGCUGCUCAUGAGAGACCUAGUGAACAGAACUUAUUUGGAAUUGUACAGGGAGGAUUAGAUCCUGUCCUCAGAGAUAUAUGUGUGAGAGGCUUGGUCGAUCGCAAUUUGCCAGGCUAUGCUAUUGGUGGUCUUUCAGGCGGUGAAGACAAAGAUUCAUUCUGGCGUGUUGUUGCUCAGUGCACUGCUGCAUUGCCCGAGGAUAAACCACGCUAUGUUAUGGGCGUUGGUUACCCGCUUGAUAUAGUAGUUUGCAGUGCUUUAGGUGCCGACAUGUAUGAUUGUGUUUAUCCUACACGCACUGCCCGCUUUGGCACGGCCCUUGUACCUGAGGGAGUGCUGAAGCUGAAACACACAGUAAUGGCGGAUGAUGUUCGCCCGAUUGAUCCUACAUGCACAUGCAUGGUCUGCAAGAAUUACACGAGAGCUUACAUCCAUUGUCUUGUAACAAAAGAUGCUAUGGGCUCACAACUUCUAUCGUAUCACAAUUUGGCAUACAUGAUGAGGCUUAGCAAGGACUUGCACACGUCGAUAAUUGAGGGAAGAUUUCCAGAGUUUGUGUGUGGGUUCCUGCAAAAGCAGUUCCCAAACGGCGAUGUCCCAGAAUGGGUUUGCAAUGCCAUGGAGGUCGCAGGCAUUGAUAUCUCUUCCUGUUGUGCACUGUUCUCAUCAUCACGAGGCUAGCUACAAAUACAUUCACACAGAAAAUACAAAUUUAGGCGUUCUACAUCUCUGCCUGUUUCGCUCAGCUUGGCAGCAAAUUUUUUUUUUUUGAAAGUACACACGGCAGCAUGUGUUGUUUUUGUUUUUGUUUUUUUUUGUUUUUUGCAAUUAUGGCAGCAUAUGUUUUGUAGCCAAUAUGCUGCUCGAGUAGAACCCAAUCAAGCGCUGUCUUGUCUGUACUGCUGG